UAAAUCCUACUGUACGAAGAAAGAUGCGAUGAGCAGCGGUCGAGUGCAGAAGGGAGGGAACGACGUGACGUAAAGCAUUGAAGAAGCGAACAAGUUGGCUGAAAUGGUUCAGCUAAGAAAAUUUAUGUAACAGCAAAUUGUCAAGUGAAGCUCACUUAACGCCGCUGUAACACUAGGUUUGAGAAGAUAUGAGUUGUGUGGUUUACCAAUUGGAAACUAAAAAUCUUUUGGACUAUGAUAUGUAUUGAGAAUAGCCGGCCCGAUAGAAUAAUCGUUUGCUCGAACUAAUCAAGUAUGAGCGUUAGGUGAUAUAAGAGAGCUUGUAAAAUUUGCCAAGUCAUUGAGUGAAUGCCAAGCCAUGAAGUUAUUUUAACAUUUUAUUUGCAAUUUGCUGCACAUGCUUGCAUUCUUCUAUUUUAUAUAGUGACAUUUGGUUUUAGUACUUGUGCCUUAUCUUCAAUGGCAAAGACAGGCCUUUUAAUUUUGACCAAUCCUAGUACAAUAAAUCAUGUUUUACCUAUUGCAAAGAAAUAUGUUGGUAAAACAUUAUAUGUACAUUUGUCCCAACAACGGCAUCUCAUUCCUCCCUGGAUUUCCAAAACUGACACAAGUUUCAAACCACCUAAUUUUAGGAAAAUGGUUGUAGGAAUUUAUUCACAAACUAUGGCUCUUUGUCAAAAUUUGGAUGUCAGAAUCUUGUUGUCAAGUAUCAAAUACCCAUUGCAAAAGAGUAUUGAAACCAAACAGAAAAUUGAUGUAGUCAUAUUUGAUAAGAAAUAUAGCUGUGAUGAAGUGCAUAAUUUCAUGCAAAGUUACCUUCCCAAUAAAAACACACCUUGUGAAGUAGUUACAAUCAAUGAAACUUCUAAGCAAAAUCAUAAUAGCCAAACUGUGCUGAACGAAAAUGACGUUGAUUAUCUGGAUUUCUCCCAACUUGUAAAAGAUGAUUCCAAAAUAUAUGACAAUGUUGUCCUUGGUGGAACAUUUGAUCGCCUCCAUUCAGGACACAAAAUUCUGCUUUCAGAAGCUUUAUUACACUGUUCCAAAAGACUUACAGUGGGUGUAACAGACCUUAACAUGUUGAAAUCAAAGAAAUUAUGGGAAUUAAUUGAACCAUGUGAAAAGCGAAUUAGUGAUGUGCAUGAUUUCCUUGCUGAUGUGGAUUGUGAGCUUCAGUAUAAUAUUGUGCCUAUUAGUGACCCAUUUGGCCCCACAAAAGAAGAUCCUAAUUUGCAGAUGAUUGUUGUGAGUUCUGAAACAUUUAGAGGAGGGCAGAAGGUGAAUGAAUUACGAGAGCAAAAAGGUCUAAGUGUUCUUGACAUUUUAAAAAUUGAUAUGUUAGAAACAGUGCCUCUUGAUGAAAGUGUAGAAGAAACAAAGGUCAGUUCUAGUAACUACAGAAUAAGACUUCUUGGUCAACGACUUAGAGAACCUGAGCCAAAGACACAUAUUCCUCUAAAACCAUACCUUAUUGGUCUGACUGGUUGCAUAGGAAGUGGGAAAAGUUCGAUUGGAAAAAGACUGGAAGGUUUGGGAGCUGGAGUAGUGAACUGUGAUGCACUUGCUCACAUUUUGUACAGAAAAGGACAACCUUGUCACUUGUCUCUUAUAGAACAUUUUGGAAGGCAAAUUUUAGAUGACCAGGGAGAAGUCAAUCGCAGAGUUCUAGGAUCUAUUGUAUUUAAUGACAAAGAACAGCUUGCUAAAUUGAAUAGCUUGUUAUGGCCAGCAAUUCUGGGUCUUGCUAAAGAAGAAGCUCUCAAACUCUUCAAGAAAGGCCAUGAUGUUGUUGUUCUUGAUGCUGCAGUCCUUCUCCAAGCUGGAUGGGAAAAUGACUGCCAUGAAGUAUGGGCUUGCAUAAUUCCUCCAGAAGAAGCUGUAAGGAGAAUACAGGCUCGCAAUAAUCUAUCAAAGGAAGAUGCAGAAUCGCGCAUUUCAGCACAGCCUAGCAACUUGGAGAUGGUGAGCCAAGCACAUGUUGUUUUAUGCACUCUUUGGGAACCCGAGUACACACAAAAGCAAGUCCAAAAGGCUUGGGACAAUCUACAGAAUUUUCUUAAAGUUAGAGGAAAACUUUAAUUUUUUGGUUUGAGUUUAUUUCCAAAAAAAAUUCUUAGUUUUAGAAACUUUUGUUCUUAUCUUUAAAUUUUCGAUUUUGUGAGUAUUGCUUACAAAAUCACAUUCCUAGAUGUGAAAAAAAUAUUCUGUAACUCACUUGUAUUCAGGUUUAUGAAAAGAUUUUUGAGAAAAUGUUUUCUACAUCAUUUUGAGCAGUGGUGGUUUGUCUUUGAAAGUUGAUGUUUCAUAAAAUGGUGCAGAAGUCAUUCAUAAAAAAAUGUGGCUUGGGGCCUUGUUUGUCCUGUUAACAAACCUAGGCAUUUGUGAGACUUUGCAUAUAUUUAAUUGCAGCCAAAAACUCCCAUACAAUUAAACGAGGCAGGUGAUAGUAAUUCCGUCAUGGAGGGCUUAAAAUGUUAAUUUUCUAAACCUUUUUUGGUGAACAACACUUGCAAAAGUAUUGAAGUUUGUAUCUCAUCUAUUUAUAUGCAAAUUGAUACUAGAAUGUUCAUAAAAUUUAAUAAAUGUCUGUUUAUGAAAUUCUGAUUCACCCAAUUCGCAACUUUCUCAUGAAGUUUUCUUCCCUUUGCCCUUUUUGGGAUCUUUUUAUCAGCCCACAGAGUAAGCAUGUUCUUGAAAGUCUGCAGGUUAUACACUUAGUUUUUCUUCUGAUGAUCCUUAUGUUCAGGUCUUCAUGUCGAAACAUUUAAGAACAUCAGGGAGCUAUUCACCCCUACCCUCCUUGUUAACCUUCAUUGACAAUCUAAGGUUUUUCACUGUGCUUAACCAUUGAGGCAUCUAGGUUCUCCAGAACAUAUGCUGAUUUUUCUCCCUUUUAUGUCCUGCUGUUGAUGAGAUAGAAAAUUAUUAUGAAGUAAUUAUAACUCAGAGAAAUUAUACAAAUUAAUCAUGAGCAUUAAUGAAAUAUAUUUAUAAAUAGCAAAUAAAUUUGUUGUAUCACUUCAACUGACAUGAAUCACCAAUGAUGUUGGUUUUUGUAACAUUUUUGUUUUAUUCAAGGCUUAUUUGUUUAAUGUUGAACAGGAAGAUUGUUUACAUAGUAUUAGAAGUGGUAACUGUAGUAAUAUAUUUUAUUGUGAUAACUGCCAGAUUUAUUAUUUUAAAUAUCAAUAUAUAUUAUAUUUAUUUGGGGUUUGGUUGUACAAAACCAUGCUUUUAUAUGUUUUAUCACUUUUUUUCUUGUAGUAGGCAGAAACAUUCCUAGUUUCUUCUUAAUUGUUACCUUUUUUGUUAUUUUAUCAACAACGUAUGCAUUUCUUGAAAAUAAAACAAAAGUGGAUUAUGGAUUGACGGACAAAUUUUUAAGUUCUAGUUCCGUGUGAUGUGUUCAUAUGAGAUUUUAGUUUCCAUCAAGGUUUUGUGGAAGUAAAGAACUCCUAGUGUAAAGUCUAGACAUCUGGCUUUCUCUUCCUACUUUUUUGGGAUGCAAUUGUUGUAAAUCUUGUGUAUUGAUUUUCCCUGAAUAAAAAGAAGUGCAUUCUUUAAAGAAAUGACAUUCAAGAAAAUGAAAAAAAUAGAAAAAUAAUUGUAAUAUAUUUCAAGGAUAAGUGGCUGGAUGGUUGUAGUAUGCACUAUUCCACAACACAAAUAGUACUCGAAAGUUAAAAAUUUGAAUAUAUAUUCAAAUAUACAAAAUAAAGUAGCUUUCUCCAUCUUGAAAUAAAUUACCUGUAAGGCCAGAAAAUAAUAUCUUUCUAUUCUCAAGAGUUUUUAUGCAUCUCAAAGAAAAUAAUAUUUAGAAUUGUAACUAUAUAAUGAAACUCAUCCCAAUCUUUUUACUAGUUUAAUCUGAAGGGGGGAAAUUAUUAACAGCUACUUCUACAAAAAUUGAAAAUGAAAAAUUACUUCCAACACUGAACAUGUUACUUCCGCAGCUAGAUGGAAAAUACAUUUUAUUUAUUAAUCUUAAUUAAUGGAUUUAUUGUACUAGUUAUGGUUUUACACAAUGAAUAACUAUGUAAUUAUUUAUAAUGCAAUAACUUUGAACUCUUCAAAUGUAUGCCUUUUCAGUGUGAUUGUACUUACAACUGUAUAAUUUGUUAUUACAUGAAAAUUUAAUUUUUUUGGACAAGAUAGUUAAAAAGUGGAAUUAUAAGUUGUGUUUUCCAUAUUAUUUUUAUUGAAUGUGUUGUUAGUUUCAAACAAUGUGGCUUCAUAUUAUAUUGCUGUGUUCAUCAGAAUACCAGAAUAAAAGCUCAAAUAGUCAUGAAUGAAUAAUUUCACUGUGAUAUGAAAGUAGCUGAUGUAUAUCAGAAUGCAUAUUAAAAUUGGCUGUGAAAUAGAAUACAUAAUAUAUAUUUAAAUUGUUUUUAUUUUUGCUUAAUUGGUUGUUGGUUUUUUGAUAGUGCAUUUGUAGAAAUAUUUUGUGCUGUUAUAUCAAAUUCUUAAUUUUGUUAAAUUGGUGGUACUUUCUAUUAGAAUUGUAAUACCUCAAUGUAAUUUUUAAGCACUGAAAUCUCUAGAUCACAUGAAAAUAAAAUUGGGAGAUAAAUUAUUGCAAUAACUUUUAUCUGCUCUGCUACUUUUCUAUAACUUGUAUGUGCCAAAGACCAGAAUUGUUGAACACUGCAUUACAUCACUUACCUCUUAGUAAGAUAUUGUUGAGUAAGCAAGUUCAUAAUGCAUACGUUUUUCUACCUUAGUUGUGAAAGUAGUAUUAUAAUUGUAAAAUUUUAUUAGUAGUAUGUAAAAUUUUGGAUAAUCAUUAGGAUACUGUUGUAUUAAAUUUUGUUGAAACUAACUGAAUUAACAAAUUCAGCUUAUAAGUGUAAUUUAACUUUUUAAUUGUUAGCAGUUUAAUACUAGAAUGCCCAAAGAUGUCAUUUUGACACCUGUAGCAUAUCAUUUUGCUAUAUAAUUUUUGGUUUUGUUAGACAAUCAGGAUGUUUAUUGUACAUGUGCUUCUUUAGAUAUAUGAAUUUUCUUUAACUAUGAAACCGUAACCUUUAUUCAACAUUUCACCUACUCCAUCCUGGUUGUCAUUUUGACACCCACAAGCUAGUUUUCCUUGGGGUGUACCACAUUCUUACCUAUUUUAAUAAUUGCAGUUUCCUAAGAGAUACUAGAGUUCUUAUUGUUUUACUUAUCACGUGACUGAUUUACGGUUCCAAGAAAAAGUAACUCAUGCUUUUGUGUUGCAUGCCUGUUUCUUAGUCAAUUCGGUCCUUUCAAGGGACAUGUUAGCUUGAGCUCUUCUAAGCUGAGAUAAAUGGUAUUUAUACCAUAGGUGAGAUUUUAAAAUAUGUAUCAGGUGUUUAGUCAUAACAUUUAGGCUCACUAUACAGGCAGGACGAGGUUAAAGAGGGCAUACUCUUAGGUUGAAUGUUUUGCGAUUAUAAGAAAUAUUAAUUACUUGAUACUUUGCGAUAGAUGAUACAUUAAAAGAUUAAAAAUAGCAUCUUCCAGAAGAACGAUUUUUUCCCCACUUUGGUAGCUUUAGUAGCCCUGUUUCUAAAUCAAGAAAGGUAAGCAAUUCAUUUUAGUUUUAUAACUAUCUAAAUUUCAUAAAAUUGAAUAAUAAAGGUAGAUUUUUCUACUGAUAUUUAUUAUUUAUAGACAUUUGCAUUUGUUAAAGGAUAUUUUGAUUUAUGGUACUAACACUACUUGUGUGUACUAUAUAUUUUUGAAAAGGGGGCCCAGAUAAAAGUUUUGCAGGUGGGCCAGCACUCAUUUCGUUACGCUGCUGGGUCUAUUUCUACUGAGAUUCUUUGUCUCUUGCCAGAUAUCCCGGUCCAAUAACAAGUAAAAAGUGCCAGCUGAUAGCAAAGUUGACUUUACACAUUUAGAUACUAUGUUGAGAAAAUAUUUCAAUUAGUGCACAUGAGACCUUUCAGCUGGUUGUUUGGGUAAUUACUUUUAUUAACAUCAUAUUUACUGAUAAGCACUUUCUUUUGUUUUGCAUAUUUUAAUCCUUAAAUAUUAAAUAUUUUAUUUGCAAUAUGAAUGCUUAUAAAAAUGAGAAAGAAUCAGAAAAUUAAGAAAGUAAUUGAAAUCUGUAACCCAACAAAAUAUUGAGUUAUCAUCCCAGCAAUCAGCUGAAAAUAAAAAGGGGUGAAACUAUACCCUUGGGUGGAGUUGGUAGAUAAAGAAUCGUGGGUGUUCUAGUGUUAAAUUGUUUUUCUCACCAAAGCGCAUCUAAUUUUAGACUAUCUCCCAAUAUUACAUAAUAUUUUCUUUCUAGUUUUAUGUAGAAAUUUCAUUGGGAUGUUGUAAGUUUUAAUUUUGUGUGUAUCUGAUAUAUGUGGUACUUUAUAUUUACCCAUUUCAAGGUCUCUACAAAACUCAUUAUUAAUUCACUAAGACUAAUGGGUUUAAUAAAUACAAAAUAUUGAAGUGAUGGUGUAAUAUUGAUCCCAAUAUUUGCAGAACUGAUCUUAAAAUAACUGUAUAUUAUUUUUUUAAUAUUUUAUGUGUGUGUGUAUGGAAGGAAUAUGAAGGCUAUGCCCUUUUUCAGGAUUCUCUUGGUAAUAAACUUGAGUAAAACCUGAAAUAAUGUUAUGAGAUAUACCAGUAAUAUCUUUGGUAGGGCUUACUAUUGACGAUUUACAAUAAUGUAUAACUUGUUGAUACCAGUUUCUAAGGGACCAUUUUGCAAUAUUUGUAUUAAUUUUUGCUAAGACUAGGUAAUAACAUUGGAGUUGGAUGAACAGCUUCUCUACAUACUACAUCUUAUAGCCAUGCUAUCUUAUAGCCAUGGAGACCAUCUGGUAUAAUUGAGGCACAGUCACAGCAGAUACUUAUACAGAGUAAACCAUAAUGUUUUAAAUCAUGCUUAGUGGUAUAACAUUGGUCACUGAAUGCAACGACCAAUGUUUAAUUCAAAAUCAAUGAUUUCCAUAAUAUGUAUUUUAACAUUAACAAAUUCCUUUUUCCCAAACAGAAAUAUUGUUAAGUGUUUUCACUCAUGUAUUUUGAUGUUAUAAAUUGAAGAAUGCAUAAAUAUGUAUAUUGCAUGAACUGUUUAUAUCACCUUUGUGAAAAGAAAAAAAAAUGACAUAAUUUCCUUCAAUGAGCAUUAAUUAGAAUUAAAUUAAUUAGUAAUAAAUUAAUGUACUAUAUAAUAUAAUGUAUAAUUAUUUAUAAUUAUAUAUUGUUUCCGAAAUUAAUAUUUGUUUCAAGGUGUACUUCUUUGAAUAUGUUGUGUGACUAGAAGAGAUCUUACAGUGCCAGAAAUGUAGGUAAAGUGUAAAGUGUUGAGUACAAUCUUUGAUUAUAUGUAUUUUGAUAGUAGGUAAACUACUGAUUAAAAGAUUGACUCUUAUGAAUUCCAAUAAGAUAUGGCUUUGUACAUACACCAGUAUUUGUAAUCCUGUAAUUACUAAAGUUCUCUUAUAUCAAAACAUCUUAAAAAAAUUGGAGAUUAUUUUAUGAUAAAAGAUUAAAUGCUAAGAAAAAAGAAGUUAUUUGCCUAUAAAAAUGAACCAUAAUUUUAUUCCAGUUGUAAUUAGGAGGCUGAAAAUUCCUAUACUGUUAUGCUUGUUAUGUUUAGAAAGAAUAUUUUU